ACCUCCAUAUCGCAUUAUAGAUAUUUCUUUUUUAUAGUGUCAAUGUUUGACUUAUAGAAGGUUUGAAAAGUACACGCCGCAAAUUAUUUGAUAAAUCCUUAUUUGCAUUUCUUCUUAUGACUAUCCCCCAACUAUUGUAUGGAAAGAACACAAGAUGAACACCUUGAUGCUACUGACUCUUGUCGUUACGAUGCACGGUGUCCACAUGUACGCAGUGAUGAGAGUUAAACACACGGUUGAAACAGAACUAUAUUCAAAUGAGUUUUACAUCGACACCAUCAUCACUAAAUGGAAUUUGCAAAGUCUUUUAACUUGCCUGAAGAAGAAACAAACGGAAUCUUGUAUUGUCAAAUCGUUAUGCAAAAAUUACAAUCAAUACAAAGCUUCGUCAGUAGAACCGCAAGUAUUAAACAACGGAAAGUCCCGACGGAAAGAGACAGCGUUUGAAUGUAAAUAUCAGAGUCCCUUGGAUACAAAAACUUUAGCAUGCUCACGACAGGAUGUUGCUUUUCCAAAUUGUAAGUGUAAAUCAACAUACAAUUUUGUGAUGAAGUGGGAAGAGAAAGAAUAUUUUGAUCACGAGUCUUUAAUCAACUGCUCAUUAGGGUCAGGCUUAUUCGCCUACUCAAUAGUACCUCCACCAUCAACAUCGAUGGAUGUCACAUUGACAUCAAACGCAAUACAACUCAAGCUGGUGAAUAUUCAUUCCUCUUACUCUAGAACUACCUCACACAAACAUCAUUCAUCAACAACCUUGUCUGAUCCUCGGGGAUCGGUAAUAAUCAUUUCUCAAACAUCGAAAGCUGAAGCCUUGACUUCCACAGCGUACAAACCAUUAGCAGAUAAGUACCAACCACCAGCAUCAAGAGUUUCUCCAGACAUCGACAGGAACAGUGAGAAUGACGUCAUCUCCAACAACGACGAUGAAUGCGUGAAGCUAAGCAGUCUAGUUGAUGUCACAAACAAGACUCUCGUCAUAAUUGUCCUUAUUCUCGUCAUGAACCUUUUCGUCUCAUUAACUAGUUUAUUCUCUCACUUCUGCAGAGGCACACACAUAAAACAUACAUCUAAAUAUCUCCCUCUUGAAAACUAUCUAGAUAAGACAGAAAAUGAUUUUAGGGUUAAAAAUAUUUAGAUCUAAGACCAUGGUAGACCAUUCCAAAAGAGCAGUUUAAUAAUAAUAAUAAUAAUAAUAAUAAUCUUUAUUAUCCUUAAGGAAAUUUGUCUUACAAUUUGUGCAUUACACCAAACAAAAAACAUUAUAACUAUAA